AUAAGAAUACACGCUUUAUAUAAACUUGCAAUUACAUAAAGACACUUAACAAAAUUGAUGACAAUUAGGCGGCAUAAGGGAAAUGCUAGAAAAACAUCUGGACGAUAUGAUCAGCGCGCUGUUGGCCUGGAAGUCAGAUAAACGCAUCACUGUACCGGAAGUAGAUAUUUUUAAGCUCCUCUAUGAGGCGCGUAACAUUUUAAAAGAUGAUCCAAUGCUGCUGGAGGUGGAUGCCCCGGUGAAUGUCGUGGGUGACAUACACGGUCAGUUUGGGGAUAUGCUGCGUUACUUUGAUUCAACAGGAUAUCCGCCGAAAGCAAAUUAUCUUUUUCUGGGGGACUACGUGGAUCGUGGCAAGUAUUCGGUGGAGACGCUAACUCUAUUGCUGGCUUAUAAGGUCAAAUUUCCGGAAUGCAUUUAUUUACUGCGCGGGAAUCAUGAGUCGGCUAACAUUAAUCAGAUGUAUGGAUUCUUUGACGAAUGCAAGCGACGCUUUACUGUACGCCUCUGGAGAUGCUUUGUGGACACAUAUAGUUGCAUGCCGGUUGCAGCGAUUAUUGGUGGGCGAAUAUUUUGUUGUCACGGUGGUCUGAGUCCAUUGUUGCAUGAAAUGGACGAAAUACGUAACUUGCCGCGUCCAUGCGAUAUUAAAUCAAAUGGCUUACUCUGUGAUUUGCUCUGGUCCGAUCCUGAUCCGGCCGUAACUAGAUGGGCCAAAAACUCACGAGGCGUCAGCUUCACUUUUGGCACCGAAAUUGUCCAACAAUUUAUCACGCGCUUCAAAUUUGAUAUGAUCUGUCGCGCCCAUCAGGUCGUUGAGGAUGGCUACGAGUUCUUUGCCAAACGCCAACUAAUUACAAUCUUCUCGGCGGUCAACUACUGUGGCGAAUAUGACAAUGCCGGCGCCAUGAUGUGCGUUGAUAAACUUCUCACCAUUUCGUUAGUUAUAAUUAAACCGACAACACGAGAGAUCGAUCUAAAUUGCAAUUUUAAAAAUCCAGAGCUAGCGAAUGCCAAAUAAUAAAUAAAUCUUAUUUCGAAGGGUGCAAGCGCUGCAGAGCCAGGAAAAUCACAAUUAGUUGUGAGUUAUAUACUUCGAAAAGCUUUAUUUAUUAUUUGUCUUCAUCUGGUUACAAAUCUGGAUAACACAUAAAAAUGUUGACGGACAGUUUCACAGAGACUUCAAUAAAUAUAUGAU